CAAGACGAAGCAAAAUUCUGCGAAUGCAAUACUGUAACACAGACAAGCUAUUAUUAAACACGGAAUGUACCUUCGUCUGCGAGGCGCUAGCGUAGCCACCGGAAAACGCGCAGAACCUACGUCGAUUUUUGAUUACGUCUGCACAUUGCUAGCACGAGGGUAGCGAGCUGUACUUGUAGUGUAGACAGUCUGCGGUUUGAGGCACUGAAGUUUAAAAUGGGGAAGCAGAAAACGAAGAGGUACGCAGCGAUGAAACGAAUGAUCAAUCUCAAGGACCAAAGAAUAAAAGAGAAAGACAGAGCGAAAGCAAAGGAGAAAAAGAAGAAAGACCCUUCGCAACUCAAGGAGAGAGAAGUGACUAAGUAUCCAUCAUGCCUUUUUUUCCAAUACAACACUCAGCUUGGCCCACCGUACCACAUUCUAGUUGACACAAACUUUAUAAACUUCUCCAUCAAGGCCAAACUGGACAUUGUUCAGUCCAUGAUGGAUUGCCUUUACGCCAAAUGUAUACCAUAUAUUACAGACUGUGUGAUGGCUGAGAUUGAAAAGCUUGGAAUGAAAUACAGAGUCGCGCUCAGGAUAGCAAAAGAUCCAAGAUUUGAGCGUCUGCCUUGCACACACAAGGGAACUUACGCUGAUGACUGUUUAGUCCAACGAGUGACACAGCAUAAGUGUUACAUCCUGGCGACUGUCGACCGAGAUCUGAAGAGAAGGGUGAGGAAGAUCCCUGGAGUUCCCAUCAUGUACAUCUCAAACCACAGGUAUAAUAUUGAGCGGAUGCCUGAUGACUAUGGUGCUCCAAGAUUUUAAUAUAUCUCCAGCUGACCCGGACCAGCCUUUUUGCAUCGUCUUUUUGUGUAAAUAGAUUUUUUUCCUUUUUGAUUAUUUCUUUCAUUUGUAUUAAAAAUAUAUAUAUAUUGAGGUUUGAAGUUUUCUCUGGGUGCUCCUGCUUCCUCGCACAGUCCAGAGACAUGCGUGUUAGUUUAAUUCGAAUUCUGAUUCACUUUAACUGGCUGUUUCUGAUUUGACAGUGGGUGUGAGUGUGAGCAUGAAUGAUUGUGAUGAUGAGGCUUGAGAUAAGCUGGGGUGUAUUCUCCUUGUCACCCAGUGUCAGCUGGAUUGGAUAAACUUAAAAAAAAAUAAAAAUAAAAAAUUGGUGGAUGGAAGUUUAAUUUUGUGCGGGUGGGGUGGUUGAUCACAUUUCAAGGUGCAAAAAAGUUUAAUAAUUUGUUAUGGAAACAUUGUCAAUUUUUUUUUUAUUAAAUAAAUGUGUUACUGAAA